AUGAUUUGUACUGAACCAAGUUUUGAUACUGUAGCUAGGUUCAAUGAAUUACCCAAUCUUUGGGACGUUAAUGAAGCAAAAAAUGAACAAGUCACUGAAGAGACCUUUAAAACUUUAGGACAACUAUUUGUGGCCCACCAUGUUAAAAGUAUCUUUGGCCUUACCCUUUUGCAUAACCAUUUUUUGCUUGAAGAAGGUGAAAUUUUACUUGAACCCGGCCAACCAGUUAAAACUGAUAAAUUGGCAUCUUCUGCCCAAGGAUUCAAUUGGAGAAUUACUCCGGAUAAGUCAUAUGUACCUUAUGAAUUUCGGCCUGCAACAAAAAAUUUGACUUCUUCUCCUGUGAUAUCCAAUUGUUCCUUGAAGAAUUUCACAAAAGUUAAAUGA